AUGGGUGGAGGCGGAGGAUGCAGCUGUGGGUGCGAGGACAUGUCGUGCAUUCCAAAACUUGGCUGCCAACGAAUCUGCUUCAGCAUCCCAAGCCUUCGGUUCCCGCCUCCGCCGUGCGGCUGUGGCGGUGGUGGCGGUGGUUGCGGUCGCAAGAAGAGAGCUGUUGAAGGAGACGCCACCUGCACGGACCCUGAGCUGAAGAAGCUGAUUCUUUCCGGAAUUCGCACUACAGCCAAUGAAUCACGCACCAACAUUGUCGCCGCAUUGAAGAAGAAGCAUGGAGCCACCCGAUACCUUGUAACAUGCGUGGAAGGCAGUGCCGUAUUCCAAUCGUCAGCUGAUGAAUUCUGCUCUGCCGGUUCACCUCAACUGACCUGCCAUGUAGCCCGAGCAGUCGAUGCUGAAUAG